UGGACACGGGCAAUAACGCAUAAGUGCUCCUGUGUGCGGGAAUCCUAAGACCGUUUUUUUGAUGAUAGACUAGUGGAAAUGUCGAUCGGCCAAUCACGAAGCGAGAUUCAAAUUACGAAACUGAUUCAAACACCGUCAUAAUUUAUGGCGCGAUUUGUUAGGAGCGAGAUGCUUCGAGUGGCGUUGACUUAAAAAGUUCGUCGACUUUGAGUGUAAUUGUGUAGUGCUGACAGUAUUUAUAUAUGGAUAUUAUUUGUGACAAUAACUAUGGCGUCGAUAUCAAUCAUCAAACGUCAGCUGAUUACUGUAAUAAAGAGAUUCAAAUUCGAGGAAUUGGAAAGCGCCGUAAUGCCCAUUUUCCCAGAGAUAUCGUGGAAGCGAGUCAGGUCGAAGUUGGUUAAGAACCAUCAAAAUUUUAAUGUCGCUAAUGCUGCGCGUGUUAUUGAAGAAACUCUCAACAGUAUAAAUUUGGGAGAAAAGGACUUGCGCGACAGAUUGGGGAUGCUUGAAGUGACAGACGUAAGCAGACACGACAAACGAAAGAUAUGGUACUGCUACGAGUUAACGGGUCUUGGUAGACAGGUGAAUUAUCUUGGGAGACGGGAGAUUGAAGACAACAUCAGAGAGGAAUUUCACUCAAGCAGCAUAAACGCAGGUGUGAAGGCCGCAAUGCACGACGACAUCAUGUUUGUGUCUGUCAAGGAAAGACCGAAAAGGAAACGCGUUCAGCAUACUACGCCGGUCUUUUUCGCUCUGUUCCUGGGACGCAAGCACUUUUUCUGCUCCAAGAAGAACGUCUCGCUCGAGUUUGUAAAGGCGAUAAGCAUCACUAUGGGAUACACAAACAGCAAGAGGAUUAUGCUCACGGGGAGAAAUCUUCGAUCCUUAAUAAGAUUAUUAUGGAUCAAGCAGCAAGGGGUCUUAUGCGCCAAGAACAUUAGCCAGCCGACGGUUUACAAACCGUCCGACCCUGUUAUCACGAAUUUUGGUAUAGACUAUACGCAGAGUAAGCAACGGAAAAACUACAUCGAGCAUUGCUUCGGCAAGGAUCCACCAACGUUCGAGUUACUUGUCAUAAAGGCACCAAACGAAUCUAUCGAGCACAAAGAGUUGGCCUCGAAAUUGCCUACUGAUAGCAUACGCAUGAGCUGGGAAUUUCGUAGUCACAACAUACCCAGGUUCUUGUCCAGCUUAGUGGAGAAACGUGUAUUCGUGCUGCCGUUGCCCGAAUACGUGUCUAAUCUGAUGACUUUAGGAAAAAACGAAUUGAAGCUUCAGACCGGCUGACCGGCAGCCGUACGUGUAGGUUCUUAUGGCGAAGACGAAACGAGCGCUCCAAGUGUCCGUGAAGUAUCACCGUCAAGAAGUACUAAAGUGUUUAAUUUCAUAACAAAGUUUUGCGCGCGAAACUGCAGGCUCGAUCGUAGCUGAUUAUUGUACAUAAGAUAGAAAUUUGAAUAGAUCUGUACAUAAAUUAUAUUUCCUGACCUAAUGCAAUGAGCAAAUUGCUGUGACGGAUAGAGCAAUAAAUGUAUAAGGAAUCAAUUGUUAAAAUUGAUUUUCUUUUACUAACUGACGAGGAUAAGAGCCAUGAAAGAGCGAGUGUUUUACUGUGUCAAACCUUUUGUAAUCUAGCUCUUUUGUCGUACAAUCGAAACGUGCCAUCAAAGCUGCUCUGUUACAUUAAUAAAGUACGUUUUCC